AUGGUUUAUUCUUUUUUUGUAUAUGUCGAAGUAACUCAAAAGUUCAAAAUCAUAGAAUUUGAAAAGUAUGAUCAAGUUGGUAAAGCAAAGUUAUAUGAUAUUAAGACAGAUCUUUUUGAUGGGUGCAAAAGGUAUUCAAAAUGGAUGUUGGCCAUAUCAAAUCAAAUUGAACAAGGUGUGAUCUUUGUAGCAAUAUCUUGUGUGACAGAAUCUGACAUGUUGGUCAGGAAUGAUGAAUCAAACAAUUUAGAUAAAGAUAAUAUUUCGGAAAUUAAAGAAAUUAAGAUUGACGAGUGCAAUUUUAGUGAAAGUAAACCUUCAAGUGGAAAAACCGUUAUUUAUAAAAUAGAGUUAAAUUUAAAAAAUGAAAAGGAUAAUAACGAACCUAAUAUUUACAAAAUGGAAAAUAUGGGAGGUGUUGUUUUAUUUGUUCAUGAUAAAUCCACCCAUGAUAAUUAUUGCUUCAUUUUUAAUGCUGGCGGAAUUCAUAGGCGUACGAUUUGUGAUAAUAUUUUAAAUGGCUUGGAACAUUUUAAUUAUCCGCGAAGACUUGAAAAUGAAUUAAAUAAUUUACGCAAGACAAAAUCGUGCAUCUCACGAAUCAAGAAUUCCGUAUUUGAUCAUUAUUUUUAUAUUGAACAAUAUAAAGAAGGGGUUCAAGUCAUGCAAUUAUAUGAUUUAAAGACCAUGCAAAUACGACAAAUUUUUAAUAUGCAUGAAGAUAAGCAAUAUUCAAACGAAUAUAGCAAACCUAUAUUGGCCAUUUCGAAAAAUGAGCAAAUCAUUGCUUUUUCUUCCGGAAAUGGAAAGUUGACCCUUUAUUUGAUAGAAAAUGGUCUAGAGAUCAUUAACAAAAGUUUUGAAAAGGAUACAAAAAUCAUUGCUUGUGAAUUCAAGGAUGAUGACAAACUAAUGAUAAUUAUCAAAACAUCCCAAAGUCAGCGUGGGGAAAUGUUACUUUGGGAUUUAUUUAAUUCUUCAAAGAAUAGAUUUCGAUCUAUCUGUGAUGGUAUUGAGUUGGAUGAGGGUAAUGAGAAUCCUUCAUAUAAUGCAAAAAUUCCCGGCAAGUUCGUAUCAGUGACUUCUAACGGUACUAUCUUGUCAAUAUAUGAUAGUAUACUUGAGAUCAAACCUAAAAAAGAUCAAAUUUUAGUAUCGCCUUAUAGUACUGUCUUUUCUACUGAUAAAAGCCAAGUAGGAAAACCAAAUGAAAUGAUUAAAUCGAAAUGUGAAAAUGUUAGCAUUUUUCAUCAGGGUAGUACAGGAAUAGCACAACCACUCGUACACAAUUGCGAACCAUGGGAUAACCAAAUUUUUGAAAAUAAAAUGUGGAUAUAUCUUGAUAAAGAAGGAUCAUUACAAUUAUAUAUUGGAAAAAAUACCAUUCAAGUGUGGCGUAAAACUAUGAAGAAAAAUCACAAAUUUGCUCUCGAAUAUUUUUGGGCUGAUAAUAAUGAUCAAUUGGAAGUAACGAAAUUAAUCGUUUAUGAUAAUGGUUUUCAACUUAAGUGGAAAGAAACAAAUGUUGAAUUUCAAAUUCAAUGGCCAUUUGAGAAUCAUAAAAUCCCAAUACAACAUGCUUGUGAUGCUCUUGAAUAUUUAAAUGAUCAAAGUAAUCAUUUAAUUGGAUAUGAUAAUCAACACGCAUUUGAAGAAAUUAAAAGUAAUAUUUCUGCCAUGAUUUGGAAAUUUAUCAAAAAUUAUCCAGAUAUUUGGAGAAUGAUGGAUAUUCGUUAUAAUCUUAUGAACAAGAUUAUAAAUAGUGGAUCAAAUCCUCUUAUCAAACAUAUUUUAUUUGGUGAUGGAAAAGAAAAGCAAUAUUUGCAUAUACCAAGAACAAUUCGAUGGGUUGAUUCUAAUAAUUCCGAAAGUGAUUUACCAAAACCCGAUAGUGAUUUACAAACAGCCAUUAAAUUAUGUAAACCAGAUAUAGAGCGUAACCGUAGAAUUUUAAUCGUAACGUAUUUACUUGAAUAUUACGCAACAAAGGCAACCGAACAUCCCGGAUGGUUAAUCACUAUUCCAGACGCAUUACCAUAUUUAUAUGAAUUUAAAUUAGAACAUUAUGUGAGCGAACUAUUUUAUAAAAGAUGCAUGGAGGGGAUAGAAAUAUCUAAUAUCAUUGAAUACACUGAUAUUAUACCUAAACGAUAUCAAGUUACUUUAAAUACGAAACAGGAUUUAUUGGCAUUUAAUCCUAUUUCGAAACUCAUUUCAACAAGUAAACAAAAAAUUAGUCCAAAAGUUCUAGGAGAUAAUUUAGAGUUGGGACUGAAAAAAAUUUGGGUAAAAAUUUGUACAAAUGAACAAUUAAAGUACUCUCCAACUGUAAAAAUGGUCCCCUUAUACAAUUUCACUGUUAAUAAUACAUCUCAAAAAGUGGAAAGUGACAAAAGUUCAUAUAUUAUAAAACUUUUUAGAUUAUUAUUUAUCCCUCGAAGUUUUAAGGAAAGUCAUUUACUUAGUCCAUUUGUUCAGAUCAUUAGAUUAGAAGAGGAUGAUGAGAUAUUUAAUAAUCCGGUAUUUCAUAUUUGCAACUUGUUUUGCGGUUAUUUAUUGAUCGUAGAAUUAAAACAGUUUAUCCAUUAUGGUUGGAGACAUUAUUUUAAUCUCUUUAAUAUUGUAGAUUUGAUUUCGGUUGUUAUAGCGAUUAUUGUAAUGUCAAUUUAUGCCGCUCCUUCAUUUAGCUCUAAGGAUGCAUUUGCUAAUGUUGUAACAACCCGAAGAAUAGCCGCUACUAUCACUUUCACAAUGUUAUUGCUUUGGUUUGAAUUGAUUUUAUACCUUCGAUUAUUAUCAGCUGGAAUAGCGCAUAGUUUUUUACUUUUAUUACAACAUCCCGAAUUUACAGAACUUGAUCAAACCGAAAAUAAUCCAGCUAGAAAUUAUAUAAUUUCAUUUAUUUCAACGUAUAAUUGGUUAAAUGGGGAGUUUUUGCAACAAGAUACGUGGGAUAUUUGGCAGGUAAAAAUCAUCACGUUAUUUGGCAGCAUGCUCUUGAUAACUAUUCUGCAAAAUAUGUUUAUUGCCUUCAUAUGGGGUGUAUAUGCUGAAGCAUAUACAAAAGGUCGCUCCGCUUUAUUAAGAUUUCGUGCCGAAUCAAUUUCGGAUUAUGAAGCAUUAGAACAAAUAUAUUUCGAUCCUCCGAUUCCAGAACCAAAAUAUAUUUAUUAUUUGGGUAAAUCAAAAAGUUAUAAAGAUUGGGAUUCAAAAGUUAGAAGUCGAGAAUCCGAGAAUAACAAAUUGUAUGAUUAUUACGAAGAGAAGAUGAUAGAUACGGUCUUACCGUAUGAAGAUGAUGAGAUGAAAUCUGAUGAUAAUAAAGGUUUCGAGAAUGUGGAAGAUAACAGUGACAUCAAGAACAAGGUUACGUUGCUUGACAAUAAGGUUGAAGAUCUCAAGAGUGUAGUUAAUGAACUUAAUGACAAGCUUGAUAAAUUGCUAAAUGCCAUCAUUAAAUAA